AUGGUGUCUACAAGACUAGUAGAUUUUCCAGAAGACAUAAGAGAUGAAACAGAGGUCGAGUUACCUCGGAUGAUGUUCGCGGAUAGAGAAGAACCAGUCGGCGUGAGGGUCCUGACGUACCAGUCGUCCAGAUCAAUCAGCAACAUCGUCAAUGCUCUCAACGAGGAUGAGAUCCUAUAUCUGAGAGCUUCACCUUUCGGUAAACUAUUGGAGAUAGGCGAAAAACCGGCUUUUUCUGGUAGAUUUGCUAGAUAUCUACUGUCUCGUCAACUUAAGGUUACAAAAAAACACGAAGCGUGGUUUCGUUUUGCCGGUCAUCCUAUAAGGUUUUCAUUGCGGGAGUUCGCCAUCGUCACCGGACUUAAUUGCGGUGAACUCCCCAAAAAACCGCAGUUGAAGAAGAAGAAGAACAUCAACGAGAAACCUUAUUGGCCGCAGCUGUUUGGCAGUAUGGAAGAUUUGCGAGUUUCGCGGGCGGUGAAGAUGCUUCGGAAAAAAACCGUUACAGAUCCAGAAAUCCGGAUUAAAUUGGCCAGUCUUGCUAUAGUCUCUUCUGUGUUGCUGUCAACAAAUAUAAACAUGAAAAUGCUGAAGGAGUACGCUGAGCUUCUUGUAGACAUCGAGGAUUUUAUGAGUUACCCAUGGGGCCGUCUUGCAUUUGAUAUGCUGAUGACAAGCAUAAAAAACAGGGAUGAGAUAGCGUUAUCUCAGAAUACCAUCGCGUUAAAAGGUUUUGCGUUGGCUCUCCAGCUUGUAAUUGCAGAAGCUGUUCCUUCUUUGACAGAAGUGGUUCAAGAUGCGUGUUCUUCGUUGGAAUCAGAAAGUGAAGAUGAGGAAACAGAGUACCAUGUCAGCAAAGCGAGGAGGAAGACAUUGAAUCCGGCUCACGCACGGGAAGUAGAUAGAAAAGCUGAGGUUGUUGUCAGCAGUAUUAUCCCCCAAGAUCCUCAACGCCCACUCGAUGAAUCCGUUUUGAUUUGGGCAGACGAGGUGUUUGAUAAAGAAGUCGAAAAUCUUGUGAAGCUUAUUAGUCAAAAAUUUGUGUUUACGAAGGAUAUGUUCAAAGGGGGAGCUACUACUUCAGAUGUGCAGAAGAUGCGUGAAGCGUUGAAAAAUGAACGGACGAAUAAGCAAAAAAGACAGUUAGAAACAGAGAGUGUUGGCAGUGGCGAUGACAAACUUGCAUCUGUUGUGCAAACACUUCUCCAACCGGAGAUAAAACGGAUUGAUGGUAAUGUCUCUGCUGGGAUUGCGUCGAUGAAGGAAUUAGCAUCGACGUCUCUCGACUACAAGGACUCGGUCUUAGCCUCUGUUUUUGAAAUGAUAAAAGAUAUGAAAUCUGAAAUCCUAGGAUCCCUAGCAGGGGGUUAUGCUCCUGUUGCGUCACAUGGACACCAUAACAGCGUCUCAGCUGGCAAUGUCUCUAAGACAGGUUUUACUAAACAACCUGAGCAACUAGGUGACCGAGGUAAUGGUGAAGUAGGUUUUGAGGGUCACCAUAUCAGCCCCUCAACUGGCAAUGUUUCUAUUGCUGGUUCUUCAAAACAUCCGGAUGGGGGAGGGGAUGAUGAGAAUGCUAACACAAUCGACAAUGUGUUGGAAAAUCUAAGCCAUUACUCAACCCCUCCCGAAUCACCACAGAUCUGCCCUGUAAGAUUAUCAGAAGUACAUUUUGCAAUAGCAAAGUAA